GAAGUGAUGGUUUGAGAGGCUGACCAACACACGUGUGAGUGAAGAUCCUAUCCUAUAGACAAGUGUGACAGUGUUUUCAUACUGAGCCGAGAACGACAUAGGUGCUGCUGUACGACUGUUUUAAUCUGGAUUAGUGUUUCUCUCUCUAGCCAGGACUCUAAUAAUCCGAUUAUUCGGAGUUUGCUUGGCGCUUCUUCAAGGGGGAAAAAAGAAGAUGAGGGAGACGCGAAGCAAGGUCUCCUCGGUUAUAUUGCGGUGUCUCGGCGCAUACUGUUACUGUUCAUGCUGGUUCAGGCGAUCUGCACUUUUGAAGUGAGGCUACGAGAGGCUAUCCGUGCUAUUAAAUAUAUUGGAAGAUUUUUUCUACGCCAUGCAAGGCAAGUCGAAGGCGUCUCUAUGCAAAGCAGUCCUGGGGUUGAGGGAUGACUCAGACUGGGGAAGAGAAUGCUACUCACCGUGCAGCACCCACUGAUCCCCAGCGCCAUGUCUUACUACCCUAGAGCCAACCACUGUGUUUGGGGGACCACGUCUCCAUAGCUACAACAGCAAAAUAUACACAUCUUCAAUACAUGAAAACUGAGAGAGGGAUGGAACCAUAUUUCAGAUUGAAUGUGAGUACUGUGGAUAUUAAGUAACAAACACAGUCUUACAAACUGUCAGAGGCAGAGUGAAGAACAGCAUGGAGGACAGUGAGCUUAUCUUUCUGGAGCGCCAUGAUGAAGGCGAGGGCCCUACCGUGGCCUUCUCCAAAGACAAGCCUGGAGUCAGGGAGGCCAGGGACAGUAGGCCCGACUCAGGCCUGGGGCUAGGUUUGGGGCUGAAGCCAGGCCAGGGACGCCGCUCCUCGGGCUUCCACAUCCCCCUCUCCCCCUCCUCUCCGGGCUCCCUGGCUGACCUGGCCAUGGCCUCAUCGCCACCCCCCGGCCUGGUGAAGUCCUCCUCCACAGAGCUGCAGACCAAAGAGACUGGUUCCUUGAGAAGCUCCAAACCCCUCUUCAGCCUGGUCAAGUCCCUCUCCACCGAGAUCUCCCACCUCGAGCCCGAGGUCUACCUCUCCAAGUCGGACUCCAAGCUACACAUGCACCCCUGGAAGCAGUUCACCCAGACACAACCCAAGCUCCAGGAGGCUGGUUCUGGGAAUGAUAGCUGGAUGGCACCCCCGUCCCCCGUCUCCCCCACGGAGCCCAAAGGAAGUUCCCUGAUGACCGAGUUUGAGGACACGCGGAGGAAGUUCUCUGAGGCCAUACAGGACCCCAUGAGCAUGUGGGGUAAAAUGAUGGGGGACGAGUCGAGCUCGGGGAGCCCCAAGCAGAAGGUGUCUGGGGGGGUCGGGGACUCACCUGCCUCCCUUGGUAGCUAUGGAGGUGGUGGGAGUGGGAUCCCAUUGAACAUUGAAGACGGGAGCACAGAGACACAAGUAAGAUACAGACGUGGAACAGACAGCGAACUGGGUGUGUGUGAAACCCCACUAAGGAGACCCAGGAGGGGCCCUUUGAAGCCCUCACUUUCCCCAGAGCACCACAGCCAGCUGGGGGAUAGCCUCUACGAGAUCUGCACCAAUGGAGACCUCAUCCAGGUGAUAGAGGUCCAGGGGGGCGGAUCCAGUGGAGCUGGUACCAGAGGCCAGCAUCGAGGAACCCGUCCCCAGGCUCGAGGCAGGAUUCCUGGGGUUCCUGUGGCCUCAGUGCCUGUCCGCUGGCUCUUGUUUGUGGGCGUACUUGCCUACGGGUUCUUUGUGCUCCCUCUGCCCUCCUAUGUGACUGGGCUGUCCCUGGGGCUAGCAUGUGGGUUCCUGUUAGGGUUGGUGGUGGUCCUGGUGUUCACGCCCCGUCCGCGCUCCAGAGCUUUGCCACCCUGGGGCACUACAGGGGCCCGGUGGUCCCAAGACAACAGCCUGCUGCACUCGGACCCUGUUGGUGGGCCGCGCACAGAUGCAGAAGUCCUGGAGGGCUGGAUGAACGAGAUGCCCGUGUACGACCCGGAGACAUACCACCCGUCGCUCACCCAUUCUGUGUAUGCCACCCUGGAGGGCAGCUGCCUACGCCUGGCCUACCCCCGCACCAACAUCCCCCGACGGGCAGCCUUCGACGAACUGCCCCAUGAAGCCGUGUUCCUGCGCUCGCGCUGCUACCAGCUGGCCAACUGCAAGGUCUCUCUGUUGCCUGCUGCCUUGGCACGGAAGAGAGUUUGGAAUAAGAAGUACCCUAUCUGUAUCAUACUGGCCGAGGGAGAGGUGGGGAGAGAGGAGGAGGAGAGAGUGGAAGAGGGGCAAGAGGAGGAGGAGAGGACAGACAAGCAGACACUCCCAGACACACAGACACAGGGCCUCCCCGACACUCUCUACCUCUUUGGUCGUACAGGAAGAGAGAAGGAGGAUUGGUUCCAGCACUUCCUGUUAGCCUCGAGGUCAGAGUUCAAGAGCAGCCCAAUCAGAGACGUGCCCAAGUCUGAGGUGUUAUGUAGUGGGAGCUCCAGUAUGGACAGUACGGAGAACCUUCCCCCUCUGAUUGGCCUGAGUGACCUGGUGGACUACGGCUCCUACAUGAGCCGCCUCAUUGGCUUAGAGGGUAGCAGUCCCAGCCCCAGCCCCUGCCACAGCGACCAGGGAAGCCCCACAGCCAGGAAGAAGUUCCCCAGUGAGGAGGCAUCAACAGAGGGGGGCUGCCCAGCAGAGGGCCAACCGGCCUGGGUCAAUGCCCUGGUGGGGAGGAUCUUCUGGGACUUCCUCCGGGAGAAGUACUGGGUGGACCUGGUGGCCCACAAGAUCCAGAAGAAGCUGAGUAAGAUCAGGUUGCCGUACUUUGUGAAUGAACUGAAGUUGGCUGAUCUGGACAUGGGUACCUGCAUACCUCAGGCGCUCAGCAUCUCCAAACCCUCACUGGACCACAGAGGCCUGUGGUUGGAGAUGGAGGUGGUAUAUACAGGCUGCCUACAGAUGACCCUGGAGACGAAGUUGAACCUGUGUAAACUGGGGAAGGAGAGGUCCAUUGGGGUGGAGGCUGACGGAGACAUCCCAGAGACCAGCCAAGUAGGCUCCAAGCCCAGGCUGUGUGUAUUAGCUGACAGCGAUGAGGAGUCCUCCAGUGCCGGCUCGUCUGAUGAGGAGGAGGUGCCGCCCACUGAACCCCAGGGAACUCUGGGAGAUAAGAGCACAGGCACGCCACCACCACCAGCGACUGAUGGAGGUGGGAGCACCGGCAGACGGUUCCUGAGGUUCGUGGACAAGAUCGCCUCGUCCAAGUACUUCCAGAAGGCCACGGAGAACGAGUACAUCAAGAAGAAGAUCGCUGAGGUCUCCAACAUGCCACUGAUGCUCACUGUGGAAGUUCUGGAACUCUCAGGGACUCUGGCUGUCAACAUUCCACCUCCCCCUACUGACAGGAUAUGGUACAGUUUCCGCGUGCCUCCCAGGCUGGACCUGCGUGUGCGUCCCAUGCUAGGGGAGAGGGAGGUCACCUUCACACACGUCACAGAGUGGAUCGAGAAGAAGCUGAGUCGAGAGUUUCAGAAGGAGUUUGUGAUGCCCAACAUGGACGACCUCUAUCUUCCUCUCAUGUCCUCCGUGCUGGACAACCCUCCAGCAGCCCAGUAUUCCCCAGCCCACUCCUCACGCCGCUCCUCCAACAACUCCCAGUACUAUGUGUCUGAAUAGCGCCUCACUGUGGCAGUGGAUGGAGAAGAAAAUAAAUGGAAAACCAGUGGGCAUGGAUCCACAGUGGAUUCUGAGCAGAUAGCGCUUGGUUCAGUCCUAGCUUGUGAGGGAUGGUCAUACGUGCACGUACAACGUGGCAUGACGACUGGAGAGUGGCAUGCAGGAGAUAGUGGCAUGGCUAUGCUCUGAGCAGCAAGAGGGACUGGUAUA